AAUAAUAGAUAAGAAACGGUAACCUAUGCAAAUAGCCUAUGUGUUAAACAUGUAACGACAUGACUCAUGAACAAAAAUACAAAAAAUAAAACUGUAAAUCUGUAAAUAUUCAAUUAUGCAAGAGUAGGAGUCGCCAGAGCCAUAGAAAAAUAUUUCUUUUGGACUCUGGGAGUCGCUGUUUCGGCCCCGGAAGAGGUACAGUAGAUGAAGAGGACCAUUUGAGGCAAGUCUGAGAUAAGAAGCAUUUCUCAUUUUCACUCUUUAUCCUGAUAAUGAAAAACAUUUCAGUGUACCUAGCUCUACACAAAUAACCAAACACAUCGCCAUUUCCUAAUCACGAUAGGCUUAUAUUUCCACCGUAUGAGGCACGUCAGAAACCGGUGUUGUGAAGAGGAGGGGAUGGGCAUGGACUCAGGCUGCUAGCAUCAACCGUCAUUCACCAUCUGGGCACAGCAGUACCCAGUCAGUACAGCAAAGCGAGGAACCUAUUUGUGACCAAGCAGUGUUUGGAGGUGGGAGCCUAAGGAUGGAAAGCUAUGAAGAGUUCUGUCAGCGGAGUCUGGCCAGACUGCAGGCGGAGGGACAGGCCAUGAGGACAGUUGGUGUGCCACUCCCAUCCCAGGAUCCCCACUCCACCAUUCGCUUCCAUGGAAGGGCGGUACUGCCACCUCUGUUGCGCGAAGAACUGAGGAGGGAGAUGGCAGACCACAGACAGAAGGCUGUCCAACUGGAGGUGGACAGACAAACACUCAAAAGGUCCAACCUUCUGAUCCGGGUCCAGAACAUACUGGACCAUGUUCAGCAGAUGCACAAAGUGCCUGACGUGGAGAUAAAGCAGCUGCCUUCAACACCUCAGUACUCUCCUGCCCCCAAACCUGAAACUGUGAAUGGUUAUACCCUGGUCACUGACCUCCCCGAGUUCCCCAGGGGGGGUGGAGCGAGAGCAGGUGUGGGUGAGAGACUCAUCGCCCCCCACCCGGAGCACCCGCCACCACACCUCAACGGUUACGGGGGAGAGAUGGAGGUGGGGGAGAGGAAUGAGCUGGAUGGAAGUCUGGAGAGCCUGUUGAGACGGUCCAGGGAGUAUGUGGAGAAGGAGAGGGGUCAGAAGGGGUCAAAGGUCGCCGGUAGGAUGGUACAGACGCCCCCAGCGCCUCCCCCACCCGAGAGCCUAUCGGACAAGGCGAAUGAGGGCCGCAGUCUGCUGGGAGACACCGGUGUUGAGCGGGGAAGCUACCUGCGUCCUCUCAGCCCACACCAGAACCAGACUCAAAAUAUGAGCCAUUAUCAGACCCAAACCAAUGCCCAGUACCAGGCUGGGUGUGACUCCCACGACCACCAGUCCUCCUGCCUCUCUCCAAGCCCCUCUGACCUCUUCGCCAGCCUCCCCAGCCCGGAGCCCAGCCUCAGUCCCCGCCCCCACCGACGCAGACCACGCCCCGUCUCCGCCGGCAACAUCCACAUCUCCUUCCCCAUUGGCCCGGCCGACCUCAUCCCCAGAGGUUUGGGGAGGUCUGGGGAGGGUGGAGCUAUGGCAACCUGGGAGGAGGCCACCACUGCGGGGCUGAGGAUACCUGAUCACUGGGGGCUGGUGGGUAGCAGUGGAGGCAGCGGGAACAGUAGCCGGCGGUCGAGUCACUGUGCCACCAGCCCACUCAGAGAGACCAGCAGUCCUGUCAACGGCCACGUUCCCGGCGCACUGGCCCAUGACAUCCUCAGCUCUGGUUUCCGCCGGCGUUGCCACACCCUGGACAGUCAGCUCCACAGUUCCUCCCCUCCUCCCGCCCCAGACCGCAGUCAGGAACGACUCCCGAGAUUCAUGGGAGGUGUGCCACGCCUGGCCCCUAGCCGCCGCCCCACCACCGCCCCUCUCAACCAGUCGUACGAAGUGGAGAACCCCGCGCCAUCGCUGCCGAGGCCCCACGUCACCUCUGACCUCUCCCUGGGCCACGUGAGGAUGAGGCUGGAGGCUGAGGGCACAAAGGGGCCACAAGAUGGCCGACAGACUCCUGUGGCCCUCGGCCACACCCUGGAGGAGCAGGACAAGACGGAGGAGACCCAGCGGCGCAUGCAGGCUCUAGGGGACAUGCAGCGGCGUCUGGAGGAGGAACAUGUCCUGCAGAUGUCCCUGCUGAUCGCUGAGCAGGAGAAGGAGCAACAGCGCCUCCAUCAGGAGCUGGAGGUGAAGGAGAGGAGUCUCAGGCAGCAGGUCUGUGACCGGAGGUCUGGGAUUGACAGCUAUCCUGCUGUCAGCCCUGUCUGCCCUAGCCUUAGCCCCGCCCAAAGCCCUGCUGAUAGGUCACCAGGACAUAGUAUGACAAGCAUGGGUUCCCCCUCUCCUCUCAGCUCAGGUGUGUCCUCCCCCUGUCUCCAGACCCCUGUCUACUUGUGGGGGCCCACAUGGGGGAGCAGCAAGUCCUGGGGAAGGCUUAGUCAGGCUAUGACGUCUGGACAGCAGAGGGCGUUGUGUAGACUGGCUGCCAUCACACGAGGCUUCCUUACGCGCAGGCUGCUUCAAACAGAGAAGGUCAAACACCUGCGCCAGACCGUGCAGGACACACAGGAGUUCAUCCGCUCGUUCCAAACCGAAGCUCCUCAGAAGCAAGGGCCAAUCACACCGCAGGACCUCUCCCUACAGGAGAGAGUUAGAGCCCAGCUGCGCGCGGCUCGGUACGAUGUCCACGACAUCUUCUUUGAGAUGCCCCUGGAGGAGCGUCUGGCUCUGUUGCAGCAGGACCGAGAGGUCCGCACAGAGAGGAAACUACGAGAGAUGGAGAAAGCCAAGAGUCCCAAGGAGAGAAUGACACUGUCCGCUGCUACGCAGAGGUCCCUGGACAGAAAAAAAAGCUCCUCCAGGGUUGGUGAAUCUCCAGGACCAGCCAGGAAGUUGCAUCAGAAGCCAAAGAGCCCCCCAGCCAACAGGAUCCUGAAGCCAAGCCAAGGCCAAAACGCCCCUGUCCCUGGCCAGCUCAACCGGCAAGGGAGCUGGUACAGGAAAACCCCCGAGGAACGCGUGAGGCGCUCAGACAGCAUGAAGAAGCACCACUCUCUAGGCUAGCAGGACGACCCCCCACCACCCCCCACUCCAGAAACAUAAUCUCCGACACCUCUCCCGGUCCCUGUGCUGCUCUACCGCCAACAACCCCACUGCUGCUAGCCCCCCCCCCCCCCUCUCCCAACUCAAGCCCAACGCUGGCUAACCUUCACAAAGUCCUCCCUCUGGGUCUUUUCAACUGCGUGGAAUGCAGCAGACUUGGGCCCAAUGCUGUUUGCUAAGAGCUGUCUAGAACUUGGAGCGCACUUGAUUUAGGGUACAUUCAAACUGCAGAAUUUCAACAGUCCCAAAGUUCCAUACUGUGGACAGUAACAAUUCAAAUGCACUUAGGCCACUAUCAAGUGGUUCAUGUAUUUGACUGGUAUUUGUGAUUUGUAGUCUAGUUAUCGCAGCACAUACUACCUGAAGGAUUGAUAACUUUAAUGCCAUUGUUAUGUUUUUUACCAUUGAAUACCACUAAUCAUAAUAAAUCAAUAAAACAUAUUAUGAAUGUAUACCAAUGUACCUAUAUACUCUUUUGCCAAACUGAUAACAAUGUAGCCUGUCUCUGCUUAGUGAGCCUUAUUUGCUAGAUGCCUUAGUGGAGCGUGUGAAAGGUAGUAAUCUUUUAAACAAUGUGUAGUUGCCAGUGUGUAUUUGUAUAACAAAGUUCCAGUUCCAUAAAAGUGCAGAACAUAUUUCACUACGGGUGUGACACAUGUCAACAUACACAGAGUAGGAUAUUAGCACACAGGUUUAAGCCUUUACAGUACAUGCCUUUGUUAACUCCCGUUCAAUGGUGCUAAACAUUUUCAAGUUGUCUGAAACCUUAAAAAAACUGUUCUGUGUGUUGUGUACACAGGUUAAAAUGUUAUCGUAUAGUGCUGAAAGCAAGAUGCCAAACCAGAUGGAGAUGUGAAGUGGAAUCCUGUUUUGUUGUCUUACUUGUUCAUGUUGCUGUGUGAAGUAAACCAUGCUGCUUUACCAACUGUA